CGCGGCAGGGGAGGGACGCACUGCCAGCACUCAGGAUCCCCUCUCACUCACUCACAGACUCUCUAGCCCACUCCAGCCCACUAGAGACCAGCUCAACCCGCGAGAAAAACUGCAAACACGCACCAGAGCGGUCGCCCUAAUCCGGUUGAUAGGCACCAACAAAAGAAGAGGAAACUGAAGGAACUACUGCACGCUGCACGGGACAACUUGUGUUUUCACAGGCACUUUUUUUUUUAAAAUCCUGGUGAUAUCAGAGAGACGCCAUCCUUCAGAUAACUUCAGCGUUUAAGACCCUGCAAGAAUGAGGCAGUGUAAAAGCUGGAGCGUGCUGCUGCUGCUGCUGAUGUUUGAGCUCGGAGCUUUGGCCCAGAAGUUGCCCACGAGAGACGAGGGCCUCUUCCAGAUGCAGAUCAGAGACAAGACGCUGUUCCAUGACUCGUCUGUCAUCCCCGAUGGAGCUGAGAUCAGCGGCUACCUGUUCAGGGACACACCCAAGAGGUACUAUUUUGUGGUGGAGGAAGACAACACACCCUUGUCUGUGACCGUGACACCUUGUGACGCUCCUCUGGAGUGGAAACUCACCCUGCAGGAGCUGCCAGAGGAGGCCAGCGGGGAGGGAUCAGGAGUUCCUGAACCUCUGGACCAGCAGAAGCAGCAGCAGGUGACCGUAGACGAAGGGACCGAGCUCUUCACCUACAAGGGGAAUGACGUGGAGUCCUACGUGGCCACGAGUACGCCCUCCGGCCUCUACCAGCUGGAGCUUCUGUCCACAGAGAAGGACAGCAACUUCAAGGUGUACGCCACCACCACUCCAGAGUCCGACCAGCCCUACCCGGAGCUGCCCUACGACCCGCGGGUGGAUGUAACCGCAUUGGGACGCACCACCGUCACCCUGGCCUGGAAGCCGACUCCGACAGGCUCUCUGAUGGGUCAGCCUGUGCAGUACUGCGUGGUCAUCAACAAGGAGCACAACUUCAAGAGCAUGUGUGCAGCUGAAGCUAAGAUGAGCACUGAUGAUGCCUUCAUGUUGGCUCCAAAGCCCGGUCGUGACUUCAGCCCAUUUGACUUUGCACACUUUGGCUUUGUUCCCUCAGACAAUGGUUUUGGCAAAGACAGAGGCCUCAUGAGUAAUAAGAUCUCACGGUCGUACACAAUCAAACCCAAAGCUUCAGACAUUCAGAAGGUGUGCAUUGGCAACAAGAACAUUUUCACCGUGUCGGAGCUGAAGCCAGACACGCAAUACUACUUUGACGUGUUUGCUGUGAAUUCUGCAACCAACACCAGCACAGCGUACGUGGGAACAUUUGCCCGCACUAAAGAGGAGGCUCGCCAGAAAACGGUGGAGCUGAAGGACGGGAAAGUGUCGGAUGUUUUCAUCAAGAGAAAGGGCAGCAAGUUCCUGCGCUUUGCUCCUGUAUCUUCACACCAGAGGGUCACUCUGUUUGUCCACACCUGUCUGGAUGCUGUGCAGGUGCAAGUGAGGCGAGACGGGAAGCUGGUUCUCUCCCAGAACGUGGAGGGAGUUCGGCAGUUCCAGCUGAGAGGAAAGCCCAAAGCAAAAUAUCUGAUCCGUUUGAGAGGCAGCAGAAAAGGAGCCUCCACUCUGAAGGUGCUUGCAACCACGCGACCCAGCAGCAAGCAGCCGUUCCCUUCGCUCCCCGAGGACACUCGCAUCAAGGCGUUCGACAAGCUGCGCACAUGCUCCUCCGUCACCGUGGCUUGGCUGGGCACGCAGGACCGCAACAAGUACUGCAUCUACCGCAAGGAGGUGGCUGACAAUUACGGUGAGGAACAGCGGCGCCGGGAGCAGAACCAGUGCGCCGGGCCGGAGACCCGCAGGAAGUCAGAAAAGGUCCUGUGCAAGUACUUCCACAGCCCGAAUCUGCAGAAGGCCGUGACCACAGAGACCAUCACGGGCUUGGAGCCGGGCAAGACCUACCUGCUGGACGUUUACGUGGUGGGACACAGUGGACACUCGGUGAAAUACCAGAGCAAACUGGUGAAAACAAGGAAAUACUGCUAAAUGACUCUGCAAAGAAUAAAUCUAUUAUAAAUAUAUAUAUUAAAUAAGUUUAUUUAACUCGAAGUGAUAUUCUACUAAGGAGUGUAUACAGACUGACUACUCACACAGCGGACGGGCCUGUGCCAGUGACUGAACUGUUUGUAGAGAGAGAAAUCACCUGUAUAUUUAUGUUUACAUUCAUCAUAGCACCUCUGGGUGGCCCGUAGGGCUAGGUGCUUCGUUUCCAGGCUUGACAUCAUGUUGCCACCGGGGAGGCAGAACUUCAGAGAUCAUCUUUCACCUUCUUUGUUGCUGCAUGACAUUUGCUUUUGUCCGUCAUAUUUGUGUGUUUCUUCAGUUUCACGUUGACCGGAGGAGGUUCAGUAGCCCCCUGCAUUGUAUAGAUCUCUCUCUGCAUAUUCACUAGAAGGAAUUUAAAUUAUUUCAUACUUUUUGUCUAUUUUUGAUUGUCUGUUUUUAUUGAUGACAAUAAUAACUGUUACGAGGAAAUUCCAGUUUUAUGAGGAAGUUGUGGUAGUUCGGACAUUCCCUUGUGUAUCUCAGCCAGUGUUUGCUCUAGAGCCCAUCCUGUAAAUGUGUUCUGUGCUGGAGAUCUGUGUUAUUAUCACUGUAUCGCUGUGUGUGUCACAUGUACAGAGUUGUCCUGCCAAUAUUCAUGUACAUAAACACUAAAUAUAGAACAAGUAAUCCCUCUGUCACCCUGGGUGUCAUGUUCUUUUGCCA